AAAUGGUAUUUGUUUAUUAUUUUGGCUUUGCGAUUGUGAAUGGUCAUUAGUGUUCAAUUUUGAGUUUUAUUUGAAAUUUUCGAAUUUAAAUAUAAAGAUUUGUUCUGCGGAAUUGGAUUUGGUUUCAAUAGAAUUGGCUAAAGUGGAAGCGUUGAAUGAUCAAAUGGAUUUGUAUCGUUUGCGUGAUAGAUUUGAGCACCUUUGCCGGUUCUGCUUGUCGGAGGACGACUGUGUGCCGAUAUUCACCGAAAAUCUUCAACUGAACGAUCACCUCGCAACCUUGCUGGAUAUUCUACUGGCCAAAAUAGAUGAUAAUGAUGGCUAUCCUAACAAUAUAUGUGCCAAAUGUGUCCACUGCAUUGAUCAAUUUGUACAAUUUGAAGCAGAAUGUGAAAAAUCGUACGAAAUCUUGGGCAAUGUGCGCAAUUUACAGAACGAGAGGAAUAUCGUCAGUCCAAUUAAUAAUGAACAAGCUCAAAAUGAUAACAUUGUUAUCGGAAACGAAGAGGAUCAUGUCGAUGAAAAACCCACGGAAGAUGAAGAACAGAGCAACAUAGAAAGUGAUGAGGCAUUAGUUGAACGUUUGGACGAUGAACAAAGUGUUAUAGGGGAGGAACAAAUCGAAUUCGAAGUUUUAGAUAUUGAUCAUAUCUCAGAAGACGAACAAGAAAGCUCUAACAAAAGCACUCCCGGUCGUUUGACCGUAGAACAACAGCAAAUGCUAGAUAAAGCAAUGCAAGUCCCGACGUCCGGAUUUAUAAAACGAGGGAAUCGGUCCGUUCCUUUAGUUGAAUGCAUAUACUGCAAGAAUACUUAUCGUGGCCGCAACACACUGAAAAAGCAUCUACGAAUUCACCUAAACAUUAAGGGUAAUCAAUGUGCUUAUUGUCCGAAAACGUUCACCGAUCGGAGCUCCCUCAGAAUUCACGAAGGUCGACAUACGGGGAGAUCUUUCAAAUGCCAUAUUUGCGAUAAACAGUACUACAGUCAGAACGAGCUACGACAGCAUUUAACAAUGCAACACUUAGAAAGGAAGCACACCUGUGAAACUUGCCAAAAGAAGUUCCCUUCCAAAACCAUACUCAACGAUCACUAUCGAGUCCAUACCAUGGAGAGGCCCUUCGUCUGCAGACAUUGUGGGACGGGUUUCAAGCGCAAUCGCAAUCUCGUUCGCCAUGAGUUGCUACACGACAAAACGAAAACAGAAACGGACAGUUGGCAGAUGCCCUGUAUGGUUUGUGCUGACCAGUUCGAUGAUCCCAAUGGAUUGCUUGAGCAUUUGAGAACCGAACAUGCCGAUAGGUUCCAUUCUUUUCGAAGUGGGUCCUUUGAAUGUCCUCAAUGCGACGUGGAUGCGUUUGAUGAUAUCGAGGAGUGUUUAAAACAUCGACAGAUGCAUUAUGAUGCUUAUAAAUCACCUGUUUCAGCUAACAAGCGCAAGCAGUACAACCGUCAGGGAAAAGAUACUUACUUUUGCUGUGGUGAAUGUAAAAAAAAGUUCAAAUCCAGAAUCGUAGCCAUGAAGCAUAUGUCGACUCAUGAUGGAACGGAGCUUUUUCAGUGUGAAGAAAAUGGCUGUAGAUUUCUGUUUAGGAAGGCUUCUACUAUGAAUUUGCACCAGAUAGAAUUGCAUGGAAGUAACAGUGGAAAGACGCAAUCGUGAUAGAGAGAAAAGCAGCAUGGCGCUGAGUCAACCUGGAGGAUUUGGAUCCGGAAAAUUUUGUUAGUUAGUGGAUCACUGUUUUCGAUUCCGAUCUUUAGGGGCUCGCACCGGCAUGGAUAAACAAUAUUUGCUCGUACCACCAACUGUUAAGCGAAAAUGGUGGUGCAGUCCGAAAUCAUCCCAUGACGGCAAGGAAAAUCUGGUCGAAGGAAACAGUGAUUUGAGGAUCCCGAGCAAAUUCUUUACUAUAGUUAAUAUGCCCGAAAAAACGGCAUAAUUCCCAAGGAAAACCCCACUUUACGCAAGCAUAAUGUUUCGGCCUGCAGUGUUCUAAAUGGUUUGGGGGAUGAAAUAAGAAAUAGUAGUUUGUGCAACUAGUUGCAAAAAGAUGAUUUUUUCAGCACGAGUUGUACGUUUAUCAAACGAGGCUUGCCGAGUUGGAUAAAUACUACGAGUGCUGAAAAAAUCGAGUUUGCAACGAGUUGCACACGCUAUUUUUUGCAAUGAGGAAAAAUGGGCUUUAAUGUGAUAAAUCUGUACCAAAAUGUUACAAUUGUAUUUACUUCACAUAAUCAAUCUUGCCAAAAUGUCAUGCUACUGCAGAAAACAAACAUAUUCCAUGUUAUCGUGCCACAUUGUAUGCUCGACAGACCAUAAAGCGAUAGAUAAACCUGCUUUUAGAUAAUUUGAUGUCAUGUCCAUUAAAUUAUUUCAUUAAUUAC